CGGGAAUGUAUAAAAGGCUCAGUCGGAAGCAUGACCCCCUAUUCGCAUUCAAUCUCCCCUCCAUCCUACCUACCUCGAAAUGGCUACCGAAGAACAGAUGAAGAACCCGCUCUUGGUUGGCAAGGCCAUCCGUGCACAGCUGGAGGAAGAGAUACCCGUAGACCUCCCCCUCGACCGCGACUUUCGUGAGGGAAGCGAAUAUACUAUCACCGACCACAUGCAAGACCUUCAUACAAAGCUAGUCAAGGAUCCUCGUACACUCGAGCUCUUCUCGUCCAUGAUAACCCACCUGCACGCUUUUGCGCGAGAAGUCAGACCGACUCACGACGAAUGGGAGAAGACGAUCACCUUUUUGACGCGCUGUGGCAAGGAAAGCACAGAAUUCAAGAACGAAUUUAUUUGCUUAAGCGACGUCCUGGGCAUGAGUGCGCUUAUCGACGAACUCAAUCAUCCUAAGCCUUUAGGAUGUACCGACAGUUGUGAGGAGGGUCCGUUCUGGUAUACCGAUAUGCCCGAGCUUCCCUCGGGUUGCUCCAUCGCGAGCUCUGAUACUACCGGAGAAAGCAUGUUCUUUGAGGCUACCAUCAAAGACACGAAAGGCCAGCCUGUCAAAGGUGCUAAGGUCGACCUUUGGCAAGCCGAUGGAGACGGGAUCUACGACGUGCAGGAGCCCGAAAGAGAAGAGCCAAAUGACCGUGGUCGAAUAAUAGCGGAGGAAGAUGGGUCAUUCUGUUACCGCGGUGUACUGCCUACCGCUUACCCUAUACCCAGCGAUGGUCCUGUUGGUGACUUACUGCGAUUACUGGGCCGUCACCCCCAUCGGUCAUCUCACAUACACUUUCACCUUCGCGCCCCAGGCUUUGACCCCCUGACCACCGCGUUAUACCCAUCUCACUCGCCUUUCCUUGGCACUGAUCCGGUCUUUGCGACAAAGAAGUCGCUUAUCUGUGACGUCUACCCGGAAAGUGAUCCCUCUCGAUGGGCGGAGAUGGGUUUCAGAGACGACGAAGUUCGGAACGGUCGAGUCUGGGUAUGGAAGUUCAAUUUCGUCCUGGCGACUAUCGAUGAAGUCAACGCUCUCAAA